AUGGCAAAGCUGUCGUACCUCUUCCUGGGCUUGUGUUUUGCACUCUUCGCUGGGGUUCCAGAGUUGGGCUUCUUCGCUGUCCCGAAAAGCAAAAAGCCAGGCAGGACAUUGUUUGAAGAGGACAAGGCCCUCUUGGAAGUAGAUGGUCAGAUUUCCAAGUCCAUGCUGAAGACGGCUUGGAGGCGGCAAGUGCUGAUACAUCAUCCUGACCGCGGUGGCAGCGAGGAGUCUUUUGUUCGACGAUACCAAGCCUAUGAGCGACUUCAGGUUUAUGUCGAAGCGGCUGAAACGGGACAACUCCCUGGGCAACCUGGUCACGGUUACGAGUCAGAGGACUUUGGCAUCGAUGUCCGCGUGGAAAACAUGCGCACGGCUAGAAUGGAGGAGGAAGACCCACGGAAAGUGUACCAUCAUGAUCUCAGGAAACCUUUGGCGGCUGUGCUUGCCAGACUUUCAAGCUGGGAUGACUGGGAGAUGGACGACCCAUGGUGGAUAUGGCUCGCAUCAGUUGGAUUGAAAUUUCAUGACACGGCAUACCUCUCCGAUCGCUCAAUGCAGAACCCGGAGCUGUGGUCCAGAACUUUCAGGACGAUUCAACAGAUGCAUGCAGCCUAUGAAGUGCGCGUGAUCGACCUUGGCACAGUGACACUGAGCAUAGAUGGCGCCCAGCUCUCACUUCCAGCCAAUCUAACAGCAAUUUGCUAUGGAGGACUGGGCGCGGAGUAUCAGGAGCUUUGGAAAUCUUUGGUUGAAUAUGACACGCGCAGAAAGGAGAUGUACUUCAAAUAUUCUUUGCUGGCUCAAAGAGGCCUCGCUGGAUUUGAGGAUAAGCUUCCGCAGGGCCUCCCACAGUAUUUUGACUCUGGCAUUGGUUGGAUAGACUACAUGAACAAUGCCUUAGUCUUCACUGAUCCUGGCAUCACGCUGCGCGUUGCAAGCGUUUUGAACGUCGAAGCUCCAUUCAGACUCAUUAGCGAAGCCAAGCUAUGA